GUUUAACGUCCGCCUAGUCCCUUGGUCGAGGGCCAGAAGAAACGCACCGCUUUAUCAGGACUGUGGCGAAAGAGAAGCCUUUUUAUUCAUUUAUUUUUUUUGGUCAAAAAAAGAAGAAAGAAAAAUGAAAGGAACAGGGUCAAGCAAAGUCGGUUGUCACGAUUGCGGAGCGCCAGAUCUUAUAACGAUUGCACUGCGUCGAUGCUCUGUAGUCUUCAUUUGGUUUUUCUCGCGUCGGUCCCUUAACCUAAACCCCUAAUCGAAUUCUCUGUCACUCCACUUUAUCCCGUGUUUCAAUCAGAAGCUGUAGUGAGACUUGUGACAUGAAUAAUGAAGACACGCGCAGAGAUUUAAAAAGAAAGUUCCCACAUGUGGACCGGUUGCAGGAGCAUGGAUCUUAUAACAAAAAUUUGCUUCCUCCUGGUUGGUUGGGCUGCCCAGCGUAUGGUCAAGAAAUAGGAUGCAUUAUCCCUUCGAAGGUUCCGCUUGGUGAAUCCUUUGAUGAUAUCAUUACAAGUCAAAAAUAUUCUCCCAAGCAGGCAAUUCUUCAACAAAGACAUUUAGGUAGACAAAUCGGUCUAGUGAUUGAUUUGACAAACACUACUCGUUACUACCCAAUAUCAGAUUGGACCAGAGAAAGAAUUCGUCAUGUUAAGAUAAGAUGCAAAGGAAGGGAUUCCGUGCCCGACGAUGAAUCUGUAAACAGAUUUUGCAAUGAGGUCCUGGGUUUUCUCUCCCGAAGAACAAACACAAAUGAAUAUAUAUUCGUGCAUUGCACCCAUGGGCACAAUCGCACUGGCUAUAUGAUUGUUCAUUUUCUUGUCCGCACAGAAUCAAUUUCAGUCACUGAGGCAAUGAAUAAAUUUUCUGCAGCACGUGACCCUGGAAUUUACAAGCAGGAUUAUAUUGAUGCUUUGUACAUGUAUUAUCAUGAAAGGAAGCCUGAAGAAGUUGUUUGUCCUCAAACUCCAGAGUGGAAGAGACUUGCUGAUCCUGAGUUUCAUCGCGCAGUUGACAAAUCUGUAGAAAAUAUUGGUGGUGUUCCUUUGCAUGAGAAUAUCACGCGGAAUGGAGUAUUGACAAACGAUGAUGUUUUAGGAGAUCCUGUACAUUCAAAUCAACUGCAUUCAAUGCGACUAGAGUGUUACCAACUGCUUAAGUUGGGCACAGGGGGAAGGGGAUCUUUGCAGUUUCCAGGAUCACAUCCUGUUUCCCUCAACAGGGACAAUGUACAACUCUUAAGACAACGGUAUUACUAUGCCACAUGGAAAGCUGAUGGGACACGGUUUAUGAUGUUGAUCACCUGUGAUGGAUGUUAUUUGAUUGACAGAAAGUUUCAUUUUCGAAAGGUCCAUAUGCGGUUUCCUUGCAGAUAUUUGAAUGGGGGCACACCUGAAAAGAAUCACCACUAUACAUUACUUGAUGGCGAGAUGAUAAUUGACAAGGAUCCACAUACACAAAAGCAGGAGAGAAGAUACCUUAUUUAUGAUCUGAUGGCUAUUAAUCGAGUUUCUGUGACUGAGCUGCCUUUCUAUGAACGUUGGAAACUGCUAGAGAAAGAAGUAAUUGAACCUCGUAACAUGGAACGUGAGGCUCUUUGCAAGAGUAUAAAUCCUUAUUAUCGAUAUGACUUGGAGCCAUUUAGUAUGAGGAGGAAGGGUUUUUGGUUACUGUCCACUGUGUCAAAGCUUCUCAAUAAAUUCAUCCCGCAACUCUCCCAUCCGUCAGAUGGUCUUGUGUUCCAGGGCUGGGAUGAUCCUUAUGUCCCCCGCACACAUGAGGGUCUUCUGAAGUGGAAAUACCCUGAAAUGAACUCAGUUGAUUUCCUCUUUGAGUUGGGAGCAGGUGGUCGUUACCUGCUCUUUCUUCAUGAACGUGGAAGGAAGAAGUUGAUGGAAGGGAAUAGGGCUUUUUUAAAAGACGCAUCGGAUGCAUCUUCCUAUUCAGGGAAAAUCAUUGAAUGCUACUGGGACCCCAAGGAGAAUCAUUGGGUCUGUAUGCGGAUAAGGACUGACAAAUCAACUCCGAAUGAGAUCAAUACCUAUAGAAAGGUUCUACAUACCAAUGUAAUGCGAAGCAUAAAGGAUAACAUCACAGAAGAAGUUGUUUUGAACGAGAUGAAUGAGAUCAUACGCCUGCCCUUGUAUGCGGACAGAAUAGAAAGGGAUAUCAAGGCUCACCAACAAAUGGUCUCUGCAAAGCGAAAGUGAGGAGGAGGCAGUGUAUCAGAUAAUCAAUGACAGUGAGGAGGAGGCAGUGUAUGAGAUAAUCAAUGACGCUAAACAUGUUUCUUUGGUUAGCCUCAAGGUGCCUCAGGCGAGCGGUUGAGCUCCUCUUAGUUGCUGUGGAUUGGUAUAUAACACACACACACACACACACACACACACACACAGGCGGAUUUUUCCCUAGAUCCGGGACGUAUUAUCUAUUUGGUUUUUUUGGUCUAUUUGAUUCAUCCCCCUCCAUUUAUGCGACAUGAUCGCGAGUGUUCAAGAUCAUGCCAGAUAAAAGCUUGACAAAAAAGCUUCAAUGGGGUUAUAUUGAAGCUUACUAGUUGAUUUGACAUAUUGACAUUUUUUUGGCCAGAUGACAAGUUAAGUUCCCUCUUUUAUUAUUAUUUUUUAAACUAUACCUCUAUUAAGAUUU